AUGACGACCCAGCAAGAAGCAGAGAGAGUCAUUCGGGAGCUUACUGGCGAAUACAAGCUAGACGAGAAUGUAUACGAGAGUGGCAGAAAGUUUUUACGCCAGCUGCUUCUCUAUAUCGACGCGAGAGUCUUCACGAAAGCGAUAAGGCGUGGAGAAUAUCCAUAUGUAUCUUUCAAGAUACACUCUAGUCAUAUUGAAGUUGAGUUCAACGACGACGGUUUUACGAAAAAAGAUCUAGAACAUAUAUGUCUACCUUCCACCACUGAGGAUGAAAGCACUGGCGAGGAUGAUCUACUCUCGGUCUUCAAAUCUACGGCGAAAAUCUAUCUCCAGUCAGGUGCCUUCUCCAUUGACUUACGUCUCUCUUCGAGUGAGGGUAAAAUAAAACCAAUUUGGGUUUCGCCAUCUGCCCCAAUACCCGAUUCACUAACGCGCAUGGUUGUCUAUUUUCAUGACUAUGGCACCGAAGAACAUCUGGAGCGCCUGAAGAGCGUUAUUCUGAAACAAUUUGAAAGCUUGCCAGCCGAAAGCCUACUGUUUCUUAGAGCUCUUCGGCGUAUAACUGUUGAGUUCUACGGCAAAGGUGGUGAGAUUCGUCAAUCUAAGCGAUUCCGCAAGCAUUGGAUGGAAAGUAACCGUGAAUUACUCAAAGCAACCAUCGACGACCACGAUGAAAAGAAGGCAAAAGGCCGAGUGUUCCAUAUGGCGGAGCGGGGAGCCUUGGGGGGACGAAAUGUCAAAUUGGCGUUCCCACUGACCGAGGAGGGCAAGCCCUUGAUCGACACCAGAGAAAACGGGAUAUUCAACGUUUUGCCUAUCAGCAAAUCAAAAUACAAUUUUUUGAUAGACGCUGAUCUUGGGUAUGACAAUCAACAAAAGCUUAAGCAUAACUCAAAAAAGAAUCAAGAAAUUCGCAUCUGGAUCGUAGCCGCAUUCUUGCAAGCCAUUUCCGCAUUUGACACUCAUGCCAGUCUUCGUUAUGAAUGGCCAUUAUUUCUGCCUCCGAUCAGCCACAAGUCACCCCUCAGUCUAGAGAUCCGAUAUAUGACUCAGAGGAAUCUUUUGGUGAAGGUCUACAAGCAGUCAGGUUUUCGAUGCAUGAAUCAGAUAAUAAUCCUGCCUGACCAUUUGAAAGAUGAGAACGGACAACCGUUGGUUGAACCUUUUGCAAGCAACAAGCUCUUGUCAACAGACUAUCCUCAACGGGUGGUGGAGAUCUUCAAGGAGCACGGUGCAGAGACCAUGUGGGACGAGACUUUUUGGGGACACCUGGAGGUUGAUAUGAGGUUUAAAAACCCCAAGAUGCAUCGGGAAUACACUACUGAAGAGUGGCAUGCGAGAAUGGCGCGCUGCCUUCUCCAGUUCUCGGAAACGUCAAGCUUAAAUGCUUCGAGGGUCAAGUCCAUUGCAGUUGUGCCUCUGCAAGGAGGAACAUGGACGUCUAUACUAUCUGGUCCGAUCUAUUUUCCACGUACGGGAGACAUUUCCAUCCCGGACACCAAAUAUUUAAGGAUGGUAGCACCACACGCUACUCAAGAUCCAGAUCGGUAUGCUCUAUUCAAAUACCUUGGGGUUACUGAGCCCUCCCUCGACGAUGCCAGGGAGUCAGUUCGGGAAAGCCUUAUCACACCAGAUACUAUCCCACUCGAACUUGUCAACGAAUAUCUACAAUACCUCUACCUGACGCAUGAAGCAAGCGACUGGGAGCGGCAUCAUUACGAAGAAGUUCGAGUUCUCACAACAAGCUCAACACUUGAGAGGCCACAAUAUAACCCUAAGGCAAUUUACCUACCAGGCAAGGAUCACCCAUUCAGUCCUGAAAGCCUUCUGGGGCCUGUGAAGCCAGAAUCCUCUCUUCCUUGCCUUUUCUUACAUCAUGAAACUUUGAGCUACGUGCCAACUCAGGGUAACUCUUCACCCAUCGGCUGGAAGAGAUGGCUUUGCGACUACGUUGGUUUAAGGGAAGACAUAUGCCUCGAAUUAGAUGGGACUGGAAAACUAUCGGCUGAUUUCCUUCAUAUCGUAAGUCAAAGUCCAGACAAGCUUCUGGGCCUGCUUGAAUAUCUCCUGUUUAAAGAUGAGGUGGAGUUAUCAAGCGAGUCUACCAUCAUAUCCGAGAUUCGACAGCUGUCUGUAAGCAACGUUUGCGAUGUUGAAAUCACGUUCAAGUUACAAGAUACUUGGCUUCCUCUCAAAGCUCUCACGGAUAUAGUUGACACCUAUAUGGAACAACCCGGACUGUUCCCGUUUCUGAAAUCCAUUCAAGACGGUACUGGAGGCAUUGGCACCAAGUGGAACUUUCUAUCCGAAUAUCGUCUGGUCGGUAAGGAAGAUAAUCUCGAGUUUCGUCUCGAGAUCCUGCGUUCAAUCCGUCGCUCAGACCCCAAGAAGGAUCCGAAUCGUCAACUCCAGAAAGUCUUGGACUUAUAUGCUUCCAUAUAUGGCCAGCUCUCUACUUCCGGGGAAACGGCAACGGACAGAGAGAAGCUCAGAAACUUCUUCGAUGAAUCCGGUGUUGUGUACUUCAAUGGAGAACAACUUGAGUGGAUAAAUUCUUCAUCUUGUUUGUGGGACGCACCACUAGACAUGGCCACCAUGCGCUCGCUCAACUCCUGUUACGAUCUGCAAAGCUCAAGCGCUGAAGCUGGAAGCGCCCUACAUAGUCUUUUCUUCGACACGCUCGGUAUAGAGAACGCUAAGCUUGAACAUUUGGUGGCAGAACUGAAUGAGCUGCGCAUCAGGAAUGACGAGGAUCCUGCAAAAGUUCUCACGGUGUAUGGCUUCUUGAACACGAAGGUUUCCUCAUCUCAAGAUAUGAGGACUGCAUUUGAGAGCUCACCUCUUAUCUUCAUCCCCGACGGCCCAUACACAGGAUGGCACACAUCUACUGAAGUCCUAUGGUCUAGCAACACGGACCUAUGCGGUAUGGGAACCCUAGACGAGACAUACAAACCACUUCGUGAUUUCUUCGUCGAUAAACUUGGCAUUGAGUCAUUAUCGCUACGAAUACUUUACGACCGCUUGAUCAAGUCUCCUAAAUGCGAGCCGCAGCAGAUGAAAGAGGCCAUUCUCAUCCUGAAUGACUUUCUACGAAGCGAACCAGCAUUCCUAGAUCCGCAGCCUGUCAGGGAUGCUGAAAUAUUCCCUGUCAGAGAUCCCGAUGGGAGGGUCUGCCUGAGAUCUGUAGAAACAGACUUUGCCAUCGGAGAUAAUGACAAUCUGAGGGUCAAUUUCGAAAAUUACAUCCGCCUUCUUGACUUCGACCUUGGGGAAUUCUAUCGUCUAAAGCCGUUCUUCCAAUGGCUGAAAAUUGAAAGUCGAUACAUGUCUAGAUGUGUCCGAGAGGAUGUAACGGUUGUUGCUAAGGAGAAAGGAGGUCUAUUCGGAGCAUCUGAAGUUCCAAUCCCUCACAAGAAGCGAAGCCUGAAUGCCAAGGCCCGCUAUAUUACUCGCCCGUACUGUCGAUCUGGGAUCAAGGCGUUUCACAAGCGACUAUCCAGCAUUGAAUGUGUACUAGUAUGGAGUAUAAAGACUUCCUUCAUUCUGCAACAGAAUGGUGAGACUGUUGUAGCCGAGAGUCAGCUGUCCAAGGGACAUAUUGCCGAGCCUGACGGGAGACUCACGAUCUAUGUUCCCAUGGACCCAGUAUCACAAGAUGUCUGUUUCGGCUCAGUAUUGCCCAGAAAAUUGGCAACAUGGAUCAUGCAGGAUCCCAAAUGUAGCGGCCGACCUCACGUUGACAUAGAGAUGGUCAGUGCACUGACUGCCAUUUUGACCAGCGAGACAUCUCUCGACGAGAUCCUUGAUGAACUAGGUAUUGCCAAAAUUUCGUAUGAUGGUCUCAGCGACGUUGGAGAUGAAGCCACGAGACAGAAAGUAUCAUUCAAAAAUGUCGUCGAACGGCCACGAAAGGUAGACUCGCUGUCGUUUAGUAUGCCUGUCAGCAACUUGAGCGAAAGUCUAUGUGAAGGCGCUUGA